AUGAACACGGUGGCAAGUCUCCUCAGCAUUCGCCAUCAACUUACCCUGUCCGACGGACGCGACAUCGAACAUGCGCUCGAGCUGCGACGGCAAGUUCUUGAAUGUUCAAACCCCCGCUCUAGACACCAUUCGAUAAAUCUUUGCAAUCUAGCGUCUACUCUGAGCCUGAAAUUCGCCUGGAUUGGAGGACUAGGGAACCUGGAGGAAGCAAUUCAGCUGGGUCGACAAGCCGCAGAUGCCGCACCUAGCGAUCUUCCCCAGCGAUACGCCAUCGCAGAUGAUAUAGCGAACGUGCUUAUGCUUCGAUUCGCCGAGACGGGGGAGAUUUCUGACCUCAAUGAAGCGUUGAACUGGGAUCGCACCGCUAUGGCUGCCAUCUCACCCUCUCAUGCACGCUACAGCUCUAUCGCUGUGGAUAUGAUUGCCCAUCUAUGCACACGCUUCGAGCACUUCCAUACUUCGAACGAUCUCGAGGAGGCUAUAUCUCUGUCGGAAGAUAUCUUGCGCAGCGCGUCCGCCAAUACUAGGGUCCAUAAACCGCAUGGGACGUAUUCUCUAUCAAAAGCGCUUCUUCUCCGCUCUCAGCACAAUGGCAAUCUGCAUGAUGUCGAGCGAGCGAUCCAGGAGUUAGAGCCUGUCGUCUCUGGGUUUUCAGAGCGCUCGGCUUGGCCGGAGUUUGCACGCACCCUUGCUAGAUGCUUCUCCGCUCGUUUCCGCCUGAUUCGGCAUGCCGAUGAUGCACAUCGUGCGUUGGCGAUCAUGAAUCAGCUCCUGAUGGACGUGCCUCCGGGCUACCGUGAGAGGUACCAAUGCCUCGUAGAUAUCGCCGAACUUUACAUGCAACGAGAUGCGCCCUACUACAAUCUCUCACUCGCGCUGGAGAAUCUCAUGCAUGCUCUGAAAGACGACAGUAGGGACGUUCGCUCGCGGCUUCAAGGUGCUGCCAACAUGCUCGACAUGAUUCAAACUCAUCAUCAGGAGGCUCUCAAGGGGGAUCGCGGGGCGCUAUCGCAACUCCUGGAUAUCUACUUACAGACCAUCAGUCUGCUUCAGAGGGUUGCAUAUUUUAGCGUUCACUUGCAUUCUCGACUCCAGUCACUCAAGGCCGCACAGAACGUGGCCCUCCGAGGCGCAUCGAUUGCGUUGGUCCUAUGUCUUCCCCACAAGUCCCUCGAGAUUCUCGAGCAAGGUCGUGCGAUUUUCUGGACCCAUAGCCUGCGUUUACGUUCUCCAUUCGACGUCGUUCCCGAGGAUCUCCGAGAUCGCCUCUCGACUCUCGCACUGCAAUUGGACUCCGCCGCCCAUGCGUCCCAUUCUGUAGAUGAUCCUCGGGUCUUAGAGGCUACAAUCGCUCAGAGAAGGCGACAGACCGAGGAUUUCAACUUGCUUUUGAAAGAAAUCCGCGGUUUACCUGGUCUAGAACGGUUUUUGAUGCACGACGAAUUUGGGACGCUAACAAAGGCAGCGGAAAGAGGGCCCGUGGUCGUGUUGGUUUCUAGCACAGUAGCAUGCCAUGCUAUCAUCAUCAAGCGCCCCGAUGACGCCACAAGCAUCCUCAUCGAUCGGUUACCCUCCGCUUGGCUCGCUGAGUCGGGGAUAGCAUGGAGAUCUGCUAUGGAAGAUGCGAGAGCUGACCUUGGUGGUCGUCUGAAAGUAGCAAAGCCGGCAAAGCGACACACACCGGAAAGCGCGAAAGGGGCCGAGAUUCUGCGCAGGCUGUGGGUGGACGCAGUGAAGCCAAUCCUCGAUGUUUUGGGGAUCCGGCCUUCAGCGGGUCGAAACCGGCCCCGCGUAUGGUGGUGUCCUACUGGACAUUUUGUUCACCUCCCGAUCCACGGGGCCGGUGCCGACGGAAUCUGGUGCUCUGAUUACGUCGUCUCCUCCUACAUACCGACGCUCAGCUCCCUUCGUACCACUAGGGCGAAUUACGAACGGAUUCCCAAGCGAGACAUCCGAGCGCUGGUUGCCUCAGUUCGUCGCUCUCGCAUGUCCCAGUGGACUGAGCUCCCUUCCACACGCGAGGAGGUCAGCGCGGUUCGGAGGGCACUGCCUGAAGAAGCAUUAAUAGAGCUGCCUAGGGUGGACGAUGUCUCGAGUGGUGACGGGGAUGGAAUAACGGCGGAGGCGCUGCUCAAAUUGCUGCCACAAGCGACUAUUCUGCAUCUUGCCUGCCAUGGCCACCAAGACGUGGACAACCCUUUGCAGAGUGGGUUCGUCAUGCAGGACGAGAUGCUGACGAUUGAGCGAUUGAUGCCUGUCCCGUUACCCCAUGCAUUCAUGGCCUUCUUGAGCGCCUGCGAGACAGCUAAGGGAGAUAAGGCGAGCUUGGAACAGCCCGACCAGAUUGUCCAUCUUGCCGCCACGAUACUCUUUGCCGGUUUCAAGAGCGUCGUUGCUACUCUAUGGUCUAUGGAGGAUGUCGAUGGGCCCAUGAUAGCCCAGUCGGUGUAUCAAGAUAUCUUUUGUGGCGACACAGAUCACAUCAACCCGGACGACGUAGCGUAUGCACUUGACAAGGCGGUGCAAAAACUGCGUCUAGCCCACCCCGAACCGAGUCGAUGGGCACCAUAUAUACAUCUAGGAAUGUAG